AUGUCAUCCUCCAAGGUGAGCUUGAAGCUACUCAUUGACACAAAGGCCCACAAGGUCCUCUUUGCAGAAGCUGGAAAAGACUUUGUGGACUUCCUUUUCAACCUUCUUUCUCUUCCUGUUGGGACUGUAGUCAGGCUCCUUACCAAGACCAGCAUGAUUGGCAGCCUUGGAAAUCUCUAUGAAAGCGUUGAAAAUCUGAAUGAAACUUACAUGCAAUCUAACCAGAGGAAAGAGACUCUGUUGAAACCCCAAGCACCAUUAAGUUCGGCACAAGUUGCCCUUCUGUUGACCGAUGAAGUCUCUACUGUUAAGAAAGUGUACAAGUGUGGAAGCUGUCAUCGAUACAUUGCUGAUGAACCCCGAGCCAUUUGUCCCCAUUGCAAGGACACUAUGUCCACUCAGGUGAAAUGGGUUAAACCCAAGGUGGAUAACAAUGCUUCGUCUAGUGAGGGCGGUGGCUAUGUGAAAGGUGUGGUGACGUAUAUGAUCAAGGAUGAUUUGGCGGUGACGCCCAUGUCUACCAUUUCUGGUAUUACAAUGCUCAACAAGUGCAACAUUACGAAUGUUAGUGCUCUAGAGGAGAAGGUUGUAACUUUUGGAAUGGCUGAGGGUUUGAAAUUGCUGAAAGCAUCUCUGCAAUCAAAGGAAGUUUUAACUAGUAUCUUCCUUGACAAGAAGGUGGCAAAGAGAGUGUAG